GAGACAUCAACAGCGUCUGAGAGACAGAAUCCAUUUGUUCUCUGGUCAGCAAACGAACAUGUCAGCAAGGAUAUUAUUUGGAAAGGGCCACCUCAGUCCGAAGCAGUACUCCACCUUUGCUCAGACGGAAUCCCUGAGGAAAGGCAGCCGUUCUGCAGGAGAGAAGAGGAGGAUGUUCUCCAUCUCUCUCAGAUGUCGACUGGGGAUCAUCAGAGGGAGAGGAAAAGAUGAAGGACCAUACUCAAAGGGGAACAAGGAACCCGGGAUGACAGACCAGUCACAUUCCUCACAGAGACGCAUCCUUUCAGAAGAGUACAGAGGAGUGACCACGGUGGACCUGAUGAAGAGGGAAGGAAGCAGCCUUGGCCUCACCAUUUCCGGAGGCUCUGAUAAGGAUGGGAAGCCCAGAGUGUCAAACCUUCGGCCAGGUGGGCUCGCUGCCAGGAGCGACCAGCUGAAUGUGGGCGAUUACAUCAAAUCAGUUAACGGCAUCAACCUGUCAAAGCUUCGCCAUGAUGAGAUUAUCAGCCUGCUGAAGAACAUCGGGGAGAGAGUAGUGCUGGAAGUGGAGUACGAGCUGCCUCCUUUUGUUCAGACCCCAUCAGGAGUUGUAACCAAAACCAUAGAAGUGUGCUUACACAAGGAGGGUAACAGUUUUGGGUUUGUCAUGAGAGGAGGAUUCCAUGAAGACUGGCGCCGCUCUCACCCUCUUGUGAUCACCGAUGUCAGGCCCGGAGGUUCUGCUGACAGAGAGGGCACGCUGAAAGCCGGCGACAGAGUGCUGAGCAUAGACGGAAUGCCUUUAAACAGAGAGAAGCAUGCUGAUGCUUUGACCGUGCUGAUGCAGAGCGGGCAAGAAGCUCUGUUCCUGAUCGAGUAUGACGUCUCUGUCAUGGAGGCCGUGCAGCAAGCCUCUGGCCCUCUGCUGGUGGAGAUUGCGAAAGGUCCAUCUGCCUGCCUGGGGAUUAGCCUCACCGCCACCAUGUACAGGAACAAGCAAGUGAUCGUCAUUGACAAGAUCAAACCUGCUAGUGUGGUGGAGAGGUGUGGAGCACUGCACAUCGGUGACGUCCUCCUGUCCAUCGAUGGGACCAGCACAGAACACUGCUCCCUGAUGGAAGCAACACAGCUGCUUGCCAGCAGUUCUGAUGUUGUUAAACUGGAGAUUCUUCCAGCCAAUCAGAGUAGACUUCCAGUUAGACCCCAAGAUACAGUAAAAGUGCAGAAGAGCAACCAUUACCACUGGGACCAAAGUAGCAGCUACUGCCAUCCCCCACAUGCUGGCAGCAAGACAUGGAGCAGCCCCAACCACCCACACAAUCAGCAGGACCACUGCAAAUCUCUGGUGAGUGGUGGCUUUUCUCCUUCCUCCACAGCCACCUCGGGCUUCAGCAGCCAGGGAAGCAAUACACUGCCUUGUCCGUUUCCUCCGAUUGCUCCUGCCAGCCCCCGUAGCGCCACCGGCAAAAGGAGGAACAGGAAAAAGGACCACAAGAGUUCACUGUCUCUGGCAUCCAGUUCCGUUGGUCCGGGAGGACAGGUUUUUCACAUGGAGACGGGUGAAGUGGUCCUGAGGGGGGGUCCGCUCACAGGUUUCGGGAUCCAGCUGCAGGGAGGUGUCUUUGCCACAGAGGCCCUGUCUGCUCCCCCAGUAAUCCGCUUUAUCGAACCCGACAGCCCAGCUGAGAGGUGUGGUCUACUGCAGGUUGGGGACAGACUGUUGUCCAUUAAUGGGGUUCCGACUGAGGAUGGGACCUUGGAGGAGGCCCACCAGCUCCUCAGAGACUCUGCUUUGACCAAUAAGGUCACAGUGGAGGUCGAGUUUGACGUCGCAGAGUCUGUGGUUCCCAGCAGUGGCACAUUUCAUGUUAAACUCCCGAAAAGGAGAGGAGUGGAGCUGGGAAUCACCAUCAGCGCAAGUAAAAAACCCGGCAAGCCGCUCAUCAUUUCAGACAUCAAAAAAGGAAGUAUUGCACACAGAACAGGCACUCUGGAGCCUGGUGACAGGCUGCUGGCCAUCGACACCAUGCGCCUGGAGAACUGCACCAUGGAGGAUGCAAUGCUCGUCCUCCAGCAGGCUGAGGAUAUGGUGAAACUGCGAAUCCAGAAAGAUGAAGACAACAUUGAUGAGUUGGAGAUGUCUGGCUCAAUUAUCUACACAGUUGAGCUGAAGAGGUAUAAUGGACCACUGGGUAUCACAAUUUCAGGAACAGAAGAGCCCUUUGACCCAAUCAUCAUUUCUGGUCUCACCAAGAAAGGCCUUGCAGAAAGGACUGGAGCCAUCCACAUAGGGGACAGGGUCUUGGCCAUCAAUGGGGUUAGUCUAAAAGGAAAGCCGCUGAGCGAGGCCAUCCACCUCUUGCAAAUGGCCGGGGAGUCCGUAACGCUCAAGAUAAAGAAACAACCUGACCAGUCUGAUGGCAGACUGCUUCCAGGGAUUCUAAGUGACACUGAUGAUGAACUAACAGACUCUCAGAAAACCAGUAAGCACUUGGAGGUCUUCCCCAACACUGUGCCCAGUAUGGAUUCUGCCCUGAGCUCCUGGGAUAGUUCAGGGUUCAAUGCAGGCUACACUAGCCAAGGGACACAGCUUCACAAAUCAUCCGACAUGCUGCUUAAUCCAAAUGAGUGGCAACGUCUAACAAACAGGAGCCAAGGUAGUUCCAAUUCUGCAGGCCUAAGCUACCACACAGCAAUGUAUGAUGGGAGAUUCACAGAGGAUGAGUGGGACACGGUACCCGGCAUCAGCCUCAAGACAUCAUGGCUGCUCAUGUUCUGGUUCCUGCAUUGUCAUAGAUUCGUCAGCCCCCCUCAUUGUCAUGGAAGCCUCAACCAGGAUGACAGCUUCUGGUCCCAGGCUUUGCAGGACCUCAAGACCUGCGGCCAGUCAAAGAUUCUAAGGGAGCUGGAGGCAUCAAUGACUGACAGUGCACUUAGUCUGUACCUGGAGGAGACAAAGACCAACAAUGACUCAAUGUUUCAUUCUGAAAUUGGUCCCAUUGAGGAAAUUCAAAAAGAGGAAAAGAACAAAGUCAACCUGAACAUGUCUGCUGGAUUUCGGAAUACACCAGCUAGAAGCAAAGGGAACCCACCUGAUAUCCUGUCACUUACUGCUCUGCAACUGCACAAGCUGACUAUAAGUAAAGACCUCGAGAGCCGCGACUUUGGUUUCAGCGUGUCUGAUGGGCUACUGGAAAAAGGAGUUUAUGUCAACAUGAUCCGCCCGGGUGGCCCAGCUGACCAGGCAGGCCUAAAAUCCUACGACCGCAUUCUACAGGUGAACCGUGUGAGAACAAGGGACUUGGACUGCUGUCUGACUGUGCCCCUAAUUAUGGAUGCAGGAGACAGUCUGGACUUGGUCAUUAGCAGGAACCCGCUGGCAACGGCAGACACUGUGUCGCCUGAUGACUGUGUCCAGUCCCUAAACUCUCCGCUCUGCCUUUCAGAGCGCUGCAGGGCCAACAGCGUUGCCCUGUGACAGCCCGCAGUGCACACUAACUGUCUUAGUGCACGUCUCAAAAACCUCUCCAGAGCACACAGACACUCGCAUGCACAACUGCACACACUCAUGCACACUUGCGUUAAAAUCGGCCACUGUCUGAAAGCGUCUCUCACCUAUGGAGUGUGCACGUGUCCGCUGUAGCUGGUUUUGGUCAGAGUGUUCACAUGGUGCAGCCCCGGGGCCGCUCUCCUCAAGUUUCCUCUCCAAAGGCAAACAUGGAGUUAUAUAACGAGCAUCACAGCGUCUGACUGAGCCAGGAUGUGGACACGCAUCUCAAUUCUGGAGAAGGCCAAAAGCAACACACACACGCACCAAAUUUACACACACACACACACACACA